GCUCAUUGUAUGCUCAUAACUAUUCUCCACUUGAGUUGUCGUUUAUUAGACACGUAUUAUUAUCGCCCAACUACACUGAUUUUUUUUCGUUACGGAGCAAGGAUAGUUCGUGCUCGGACUGAGCAGUCAUUCACUUAUGGUUGUUCCUCUCAUUGGACGCCUCAAGGGGCACGAAUACGCAGCUCUCGUUGGGGGCUUCUUCUUUCUAGUCUUCGAGACUGCUAUCAGUUUCAUCAUCAAGUUCCUCCCCGUUCCUAUUAUCCAGUGGUUCCACAACCACUCACGCACCCUCUUUCACCGUUUCUCUGUGAACCCUGCAAAAGGCAAGUCCAAAGCCGAAGAUGUUGCUGACACUAUACGGAAGGCAAAGGAUUUCGGAGAGCUAUGUCAGUAUUGGGGUUACACGCAUGAGGAACAUGUCGUUUUGACAAAUGAUGGAUAUUUAUUGGGUUUGCAUAGGCUCCCGACGAAGAGGGGGCAGAGGAAGCAAAGUCCUGGGACGAGCACGGGAAAACCGGUGGUGUAUUUGCAUCAUGGGUUACUCAUGAACAGUGAAGUAUGGAUUUGUUUAACAAACGCUGAGAGGUGCUUGCCAUUUGUCCUUGCUGAGCAAGGCUUUGACGUAUGGAUGGGCAAUAACCGAGGGAACAAGUACUCCAAGAAAUCGGUUCAUCAUGACCCGAAUUCAGUCAAGUUUUGGAACUACAGCCUCGACGACUUUGCCUGGCAUGAUAUUCCUGAUUCCAUUCAGUAUAUCCUGGAUAUCACGAAAUCGAGCAGCUUGAGCUAUGUUGGUUUCAGCCAGGGUACUGCACAGGCAUUCGCCGCACUUAGCAUUCAUCCGCAGUUGAAUGACAAGGUGAACGUCUUUAUUGCACUUGCCCCUGCUAUGAGUCCCGUAGGAUUGGCGGCUCCUCUUGUCGAUGGCCUCAUGAAGGCUUCCCCAACAUUAAUGUAUUUAUUCUUCGGACGCAGAGCUAUUCUGUCUUCUACAACGACAUGGCAAGCCAUCCUAUACCCACCCAUCUUCACAAGCGUCAUCGACACCUCCAUGCAUUUCCUCUUCAACUGGGAUAGUCAGAACAUUCCAUAUCUCCAGAAGAUCGCCGCAUAUGCCCAUCUCUAUUCAUUAGCGUCUGUCAAGUCCGUCGUGCACUGGUUCCAGAUCAUGCGCGAGGGUGCAUUCCAGAUGUAUGACGAUGAUGUCAGUGCAUUUGGCUCUCCUGGUGGGACGGAUAGCCUUGUUGACAUACAGACGAUGCUUAAAGAACUCCCGGACCAUACGACUGUCACGCGUCUGAAUGGAUAUGAACAUUUGGACAUCCUUUGGGGAAAGGACGUUGAUAAGGAUGUUAUUCCGGAGGUUGUGAACGCCUUGAAGUUGCACUGCGACGACUCAAGCGGGAGUCCGGACGAGUUCAAGGGUGGGUUUAAAGUGUUUGAGAGGUAA